AUCCGCUUUAAUGCCUGACAAAGUUCACAACACAUAGCUGUCCAAUACAAAACCCAAGAUAUAUUUCAUUAAACCAUGAGUAGCUUGCACCUUUUCCUGAACAUUCAAUCGAACCAACGACAUUUCUUUGUAGCUAAACCAUGGAGGGGCUGGUGCUUGCUGGUCAUUGUUAAAUUUGCCAUGUUCCGAUACUACUACCACGUGCCUCCUACAUCUCUCUGGGACUUUGUCCGCCCCACAUACUGGCAUCCCAUGGCCAGCUUGGAGCAGUCGUUGAUGGACUUGGACGCCCUUGAACGCGACUCCCUCCUGCUGCCCCUGCACCACCCCCACCACCACCACCGCCACCUGCACCUCCGUCACUCGGCCGACGACGACGACGCCUUCUUCAAGGACCUGCCCCACGCGAAGGCGCCUGCCAACAACGACGCUACAUCACCUGCCACCACGGAGCCCGCGUCCAAUGACCCCUCUCACGCUGCUACUUCCGCUUCGAAACCCGUGUAUUCCAACUACUCAUACUCGAGCUCGUCCGUUGUGGACGACAAGGGCCGUCGGGUCCGUAGCGUCCGUCGCCGGUACGAAGACGCGAACGGACGACUCAAGGCCGUGCACGAGCGAGAGGUGGACGGCAAGACCCUUGUGACAACGUGGAACCGAGCCACCAAGGACGACGCUGGCACCCACGACACGAUCUGCUCGGACGGGGCCGUCGACGCCUUCGAAGCGUUGUGGAAGGACACGCCGUUUGCUAAGGCCCACCAAGCGGGGGAGGCGCUGCCGCCGUCUGACCAAACGAAGUCGGGGGAUGCGAACGAGGAAAAUCCGGCUGUCGAUACAGCGCAACAACCACGAGAUGUGGCCAUGUCCUAAGCCACCCCACCAUGCAUUUUACUUACUCUACACACGGUCGUUGACUUGCUUUCAAAAUUGCAAAUUUUGAGGUCCUUGUAGUCUCAUUGACUCGCCAGGACUUUGAAUACAUGUUGAUUGUACAUUAAUUGGCUUGUUGUUGGGGAUGUCCAUCCAUUUAGUUCCGGAAUUGGUUGGUGCAAUAAAGAAAUCAGCGCCACAAUGCAAGGCCUCGGCUGUGCUUGACACUGCGACUUGAACAACGAUUGGUAGCAGCAUUGAUUGUGAAGGACCCUCUACUUUGCACGUAAGCAGCCAUGCAACCAUCUUGGACGCUUGAUGUCGAAGAAUGCUCGAGAGCCGCCGCCUCCAGCCAGAGGCAUCCACAUGUUGGUGGAGCUCCGUCCCAUCGUGAGCCUAACCCAAGUUUGGGUUACCUAAGCUAUCUUGGACGAUGUCUCAGCAACACGAAUUCCUAUGGCUGGAGGCGGUGGCUACUUACCAACGCAGCUUCAUCGUCGGAUAUGCAGUGCUGACACCAGCCUGCCACGACGGGGCGAGUGCCAUCUUCACGGCCAACGUCGGUAGAAUAAAAUAAAAAGUGAUAUACAGUAUCCAGGACAAAACAUGUGAUCUUUCAUUAUUAUUGAAGGUGGAAGAAUACAAUUACUUCACCACUUUUGCGUGUAAAUUUCAGCUUUUUUUUAAAGAUAUUUCCAAUGUGAAUAGGUUUUGCCAAUAAUAAUGACUGGGCUCCCAUUGAAUAAUAUCUCGAUGCAUUAUAUUUUACGACUACAAUUACUCGCAUACGUGGACAGAUUUGGGUGGUAUGUAAUAGCGCUGCUGUUGCUUAAUACAACGGCGACGUAAAGUUCUUGUGGUACGACACGUUGGUGAACGUGAUGUGCUGGUACGACCCCGCGGGGCAGAAGCUGAACUUGACGUUGUCCCACUUGGGCUGUGGAGCGGGGCCGGUGGGGGGGUUGAACAGGGGGUCCGCGGCUAAGACGGUCGCGUACACUGCCAAGAAGAGCGUGGCCAAGAUGGCAAAGUAUGCCCACACUCGUUCGGGUACAGACACGCGGUUGCCAAAGUGCUUGAGGUAAAACACCAUUGGCAGGAUCAUACACGAUACGGCGAUGCACGAAGCCCCGGUAAAGUCGAGCAAAUCCAGGAGACGUUCUUCCCAUGCACAGGCAAUGGCGACGGCGGCGGCCACGAUCACCACGCGCAGGGCGGCGACUUUGGGGUACACGCCAGGUUGGCGGUACGUGGCGGCGUCGCGGUCGUGCGCUUCGACUUCGCCGGCAAUCGCGAGGGGUUCGGCGUCCUUGUUGGCAGCAGCACCAGGGGUUUCAGCCUUGUCGUAGCCGGUUUCCACCUCAGCUUCCAACGUAAAGUUGUGCUUGUGGAGGCCGAAAAUCACCCGUUCCAAGAUGUAAAAGCCAGGGGUCAUGAUCACCGCGAACGCGAUGGUCACGUGCAAUUGCAUGGCAAGCAUAGCGAGGAUGACGCCGCCGCGGUUUGCCAAGAAACCGUUCUUGGAGCCGGCGAUCGCAAACAACAAGUUGCCCGGGAUUUGGCACCCGACGGCCGACACACCGGUGAUGGCGACGAUCAUAAAGCACACGGAGAUCACGCCAAGUGUCACGUAGAUGAUGCGGGGCAUGCGGGUAGGAUCCGAGUGGUCGCGUUGAAGGGCAGGGAUGACAAUGCCGGCGCCGUAGGCCAAGGCCAAGUUGCCAAAGGUCGUGGCGACCUGCUUGAAGCCAGGGUCGGGCUUGGGGGUGGCCACACCCGCAGUGUUGAGGUCGUGCAUGUUGUCCACCAAGAGGUAGAGGGCGAUGGCGUCGGCGACGAUAGUGCCGAACGCUCCGGCGGCCGCCGCGCCAGCACCUUCCUUCAACGUCGGGAUCAACGUCACGGGAAGUAACGACAGCCCCAUGAUGAUGAUCCAUGUGGUCGUGUGGUACGAGUCGGGGAACAUGAUGGUACACAUGAUGCCGCCCAACACAAGGAACGCAAUCGGCACGAGGAUGCACGUCAUGAUUUGCGUGAUGGUCAUGAGCCAGCGACCGGUGCAGCCGAGGACGAACUCGCCCAAGUCGCCCAUGGUGCGGACGUUCUUGGGGGCUUCAAGCAUGACCUUGGACAAGCACACGGUGGCGUACGUGUUGACUGCAGCCAUAAACACCAACGCGAGCGUGGCCCAGAAGUAGCCGGCGCGGGCGUAGUUGCCCGGCAUGCCGAGGGUCCCGAUGCCAUACACGCAGCAGAAGAGCGAGAAUGACAUCUUCAAGUCUUCCACGGUCAAGAACGGCUUGCCCAUGACGAGGUAGUUAUGUGGUUGUUGUGGAUCUGUG